GCCGCCGUUUCUGUAUGUUAUAAUAAACGGUAUCAUCAUCACCAUCGUGGCGUCCGGCGUUUGAGUACGAGGUGAAGAGUAGUAGAUCGGAUUUCGGUGCGAUGGAGCCGAGCGUUGUGGUGUUUGAGCAGAAGCAGAGAGAAGCGGUGGAGGCUGGUGAUUGUGUGGAGGAUAAGAAUGUGGUGGUUGAAGAUGUUAAUGGAGAUCGAGGAGAUGGGUUUGUGACCUCGAAAUCCGAGUGGAAUCCGCUGAGGAGGGAUGGACUCGUUGGAGAUUCCACCGGAGAUUUUCUUGCCGGUGGAGAAACCUCUGGUUUCUGCCAGGUUCGGUGGUCGAUCGCUGAGAGUCGAGAAGCCGAAACGGCACAAGAAGAUGGAGAGCACGUGGAAAAUGAUUACAGAGAAGAAGGAAAUGCCGUAAUCGAGGCACCUGAAGAAAUCAGAGACGUUCGAGGACACAUGGGAGAAUUAGAUGUCACCGGUGCAAGUGAGCUCGUCGCCGGCUUCAGUAUUGAAGCUGAGAAAGGAACCGUUGCUGAGUCAGGACGAGUCUCUGUUCCAUUGGUUCUGGAUUUUUCUGUGUUUCAAGCUCCGGUUAUAUGGAGUUCGGUGGCUUCCUGGCUCCGCUUUCGAUCGCUGGGAGUCGCGAAGCCGAAACGGCACGAGACGAUGGAGAACACGUGGAAAAUGAUUACGGAGAAGAAGGCAAUGCCGUUGUCUAGGCACCUGAAGAAAUCAGAGACUUUUAAGGACACAUGGGAGAAUCAGGUGAUCGUAGAUUCGCUGGCUGAGCCGUCGCCGGUGGUGAAGAAAUCGGAAACAUUCAAGGACCGGACCAAUUUCCAGCUGUCAACAGCGCAAGUGAGCUCCUCCCCGGCUUCAGUACUGAAGCAGAGAAAGGAGCCGUCGCUGAGUCAGGACGAGUUGAAUCGACGAGUGGAAGCGUUUAUAAAGAAGUUCAACGAGGAGAUGAGGUUGCAGAGGCAGGAAUCGCUUAAUCAGUAAAAGGGAAUGAUUGACCGUGGAAGCUAGUAAAUUAACAAAAGGGAAAUUAUUAC